UCAGUUUGUCUGAGAGUCAUUUGGUGCUCGUGUUUGGAUUGUUUGCGCCAAAAAAGCAGAUGAAGAUCAGGAUAAGCACCAUUUCAAGGGUCUGCACCUUCCAAACAAGAAGAGUGGGGCUUAAGAGCGCCCUCUUCUGGUGGAAAAAAGGCAUUUAGCUGCUAUGUUGGACUAUUAACUUCAUGCAACUACUGUUGGAUGAAUUCUUCACAACCUUAUUUGUCAAAAGCAUGAUGAGGAUGAAGACUAACUGCAAGCAGAAUAUAUGAAAAGAAGUCAAGCAUGGAGGCUUCAAGUUCUGCUUAUGCAGGGACUCCCCCAGCUGCAGUUAUGUUCCCCACAUCUCCAAGCUACCUACAGUUCUUCAGGUUGUAUCAGGACAAUUCUGUCAUUGUGGAGCAUUACAACUACACGGGCAAGCUGCAGGGGGACCGUUACUGUAAAGGGCUAAAACCUGAGGGUAUUGCCUUCCUUGUGGUUUGCCUCCUCAUUGUCCUGGAGAAUGCUGUGGUUCUCAUUGCUAUCUGUAAGAACAAGAAGUUUCACCUGCCCAUGUAUUACCUGUUGGGGAAUCUCACCCUGUCUGACUUGCUGGCUGGGAUUGCCUACAUGGCCAACAUCAUCAUGUCUGGACCGAAUACUUUGAAACUGAUACCAUUGCUAUGGUUCCUAAGGGAAGGCGGGGUGUUCAUCACUCUGGCUGCAUCUGUUAUCAGCCUGCUUGCUAUUGCAAUUGAACGCUAUGUUACGAUGGUGACUAUGAGGCCCUAUCAUGGUGCAAAAAAGGGAAGGAUGUUGGCACUGAUUAGUGCUAGCUGGGCCCUGUCAGUAUUUUUGGGUGUCCUCCCAAUUCUGGGGUGGAACUGCAUCCACAGGCUGGACCAGUGUUCAACAGUCCUCCCACUUUACGCCAAGAGCUACAUCCUCUGCUGUGUUUCUGUGUUCAGCGCAGUGCUCUUAGCCAUUGUGGUCCUUUAUGUGCGCGUUUUCCGCAUUGUUCGCACCAACACACAGCGCCAGCAACUGGGUUUAUCUAGCAGCAUGAGGAAGGGCUUAGCAAGGAAGUCACAGAAGUACAUUGCCCUGCUCAGGACUGUCACAAUUGUAUUGGGUGUCUUCAUCGCCUGUUGGCUGCCCCUGUUCCUCCUCCUCCUCCUGGACUUCGCCUGCCCCACUCGCAGCUGCCGCCUACUCUACAAGGCUGACUACUUCUUAGGGGUAGCCAUGGUCAACUCGCUCCUCAACCCCAUCAUCUACACUCUCACCAGCAAGGACAUGAGGAUAGCCAUCCUGAGGCUGCUUUGUCGGCCAUGUCUGAUGACCAGAGAUGGUCAAGUGAAGAAGAUCGGGAUGCCGUUCCUGGAGUGCAGUUUCAGCAAGACUGAGGUGGCCUCUCAGAAGUUGGAGGUUGGCGUUGACACGACGGUCUCUUCUGGAAACAAUAUUGCCAACACAUCUCCUAUUAAGGCACUCUAUCCAAAAUUCUUCAGAUCUUAAGGACUUCAUCAGACUCUAUGAUGAGGCCAAUUAAGCGUGACUGAGAUUCUGCUACAUCGAGGGCUAAAAUGACGCUCAGCACGGUCAGAAUGAUAGGUUAAAUGCAAAAUAAUUCAGUGGAUCACCAUGUUUACACAAAUGUGUCAACAAUUCACCAGUUGUGUGGUUACAGCAAAAUGAACAAACCUCAUUGUGAGGACUCUAAUAAAGCACCUAGCCAGGUGGAUGAUACGCAAAUGUGAAGAAGUUCCCCUUUAUGAGUCGAUGGAAACCCUUCCUCGACUGAUUUGCACUCACUAGCUUUACAGACUCAAUUUUCUGGAAGGAUGCAUUUAUUUAAACACAAAGCAUUUUAUGACUGAAUCAGUAAAAAAUGUUCUUGUUUUGUAAAGUUCAACAAGUGGAACAGCAUUUGCCUUUUUUUACCAUUUGUGUCUUAUUGUAGCAUGAUCGUUGCGUAAUGUGUGGACAUGUGUGAUUUUGACUGAGUUUUAAGGCACAAGGUGAACCAGACUUGUUGCAAUGAAAUUGCAUUUUUUUUAAAAGUUUAUUUGGUGAAGGUGGUUAAAGGGAGAUAGAAAGAUAAGAGGAAAGAGAUGUUUCACUGCUUUACUGCCCUAAAAAUAAAAACAGGACAUUUUGCUUUUGAAAUGUUAGAUGGUUAAUUCAUCUGAUGCCAAAAGGAAUGUCGUUGUGGUUGCUGUCCAGGUUUUUGAAAUGUCACAACCUUCCAUCCACAGCAAAAACUUCUGUAGAGACAAAAACAAACUGUAUUUGACAUACAUAAUGGAAAAAAAAAAUUUUAGCCUUGAAAAUGAGUUCUUGUAGAAAUAUGUAAUCAUAAAUUUUAAAGCACAAAGAUUGUAGAAAUUGUAUUCUAAAUCAAAUACAAGUACACCACUACCCAGAAUACCAAUGCAACUUUGAGGUUCAGGGGCUGUAUUAACAAAAUACCAUAAUAUACCCAUAUUACUUUAAAACAAACUUUCACAGACAGGUGUGUGGCUGUUUGCCUUGACAGUUGUACGCUGCCACUGGGGGCAGUGCAGCAAGCAAAUACCACAAAAUACAACAGAUACAAUACAGCGUGCCGCGUCAUCUGGAGCAUCAUCUCUGCUAUUUUGGCAUUGUGGGAUAGCUGACCCACAGAUUGAGCUCGCCGGACUACUUUUGCCUGACCCAGUUUCCGGUUGUUUGCAAAAUGGUGCUGAAUUUGCCGACAUGAGAAGAUGCAGCUGGAUGAGUGUGAGUAUUGACUUACAAUCAUUUAGACGUAAAAACACACGAGAUACCCAGGUUCUUGUGGCAAAUAUAACAAUUAUCUGGGAGCUACUUUUUGCGCAGGAAUUCAUCAAGCACAUCGGCCGUGGGCGACAAAAACUAUAUAGAAGUUUGGCCAAAAUGAGAGCGUCCACUUUUAGCUUGUCAUAAGAUAAGCUAGUGGCGCUAAUGAGAGAAUGGUUUUCACACUGUUAGCAUAGCGUUUCAUACUAUGUUAAGCCUCAAGCGACCAAACUAUUUUAGCAAUUAAUAUGAGCCAGUGGGGUUAUUUAUGACCCCAUUGGCUUUAUAUUGGAAUACUUCUAUAUAAAUGAUUGUUUUAGGGUUCUUCAUAUUUAUUUCACUCUCUAAUAUAUUUGUCCAUCAUCCUUUUCAUCCUCAGUCAGGGCAUCAAGAAUCAGUCUCAAUGCUUGUGCAGUUGUAAAUUUUGCUGUUCUAGCUCUGCUGGCCAUGCUUCCUUGCAAAACAGUAAAAUAUAAUGAUUAGAGUUGGCAAAUUAAAAUAUCAACUGAAGCUGUAAUGUAGAAAAUCUCAUAGAUCUUCCCGGGGGGUCGUAAGUGACCCUGCAAAAGUUUGGAUUAUACUUUCAGGACAAACAGAUUGACAAAUUCAUGGUAGGAAGCUUUUUUCCAAUUAAAUUGAGAAAAAUUGUGCAUAAACAUAUGCCCGGGGUCAUAAAUGACCCUACUUGGUCACUUGAGGGUUAAUGCUCCCAAACGGACAACGUAUCGUUAAAAAUAAACUGUUAUUUUGUCAUGGUACAAGCUUGUCACAUGAGUGCAUGCACCCAACAUGAAGGAUACAUCCUAAUAAUGAUGACAUAACAUUUCCUAUUGGGACGUUCUGUGCAACAACAACUUAAUUUAUUCUUCACCGUGAUGGCUUGGGUUAGCCGCUAAAUGGCCACUGUGCAGAUGCAUGGAGUAACAGGAAGUGGAAGGCGGUAAAUCAGUCAUGUCGACAUCCACCCUUCCUUCUAUGGGAGGUGUCGGAGUAGGUCUCACAGACACGGGGUCCAUCUGGCGGCAUGGAAGACUCCCGAAAUUGAUGGAGUUGCUUUUAAAUGCUUCUCAAUGACAGGUUGACAUCCAUCUGUAUUAACUGUAGCAACUGUGACCGUAAUUAAGGGCCUCUCUGUAGAACCAGUCACGUUAUCAGUUUCCAAACAUCAAAGUAAAUUUAAAAAAUUAAGACAACCAGGGAAAAAUUCUAGAUCUUUACUAGCCAGGUUCCUUCAUGGGAGCCAUCUUGACAGCCAUUCAUCUAAAACUGACCUUCAAAAAGGAAAAACAAAAAAUUCCGCCUUUGUCCUGGUGAUCAGCUGUAAACUUUAUUGUUUUAACUUUGAAUUAAUGGCUUCCUCUUUUUGCCCAUGGUGAUGGAGGUUGACUUUUACAUUAACAUGUUGGCCAUAUGCGACAGACAGUAAACUGGAUUUUAUGUUGUUUUUGGUUAGUGUGACUGAAAAUUCCCCUACUCCUGUCUGUGAACACAGCAGCCAGAAAUAUUAAAAGUUAAAAAUUUUGUGCUUUCUGCCAAAACAAGGAUAAACAAGAUAUUGAUUUAUCUCUAAAGCUAGGGAAAGACAGACAGCAAAGAAUGGGCUGUUUUAGUUCAGAAACACCUGGUUUUAUUUCAGGUAAAUGGAAAUAAUUUUUUAGAUUAUACAGCAUCAUUAAUGUGUAGCAUUACAAAAAGUAGAUUUUUUAAAUAAAAUGCUGUGCAAAAUGGUAAAAUACUGUAUCUGUCAAUUUAAGUAAAUUAUUGUACAAUUAACAACAAAAAAUUUUCACAUCUGUUACUGCAGACAAACAGCAAUUCUGAUCCAGUGAAUAGAAUGUUGGAGUUUUGUUUGUUUCUUUGUUUUUGUUUUGGGUUUUUUACCGUCAGCAUGUGACUGCAGCAUUAAAGAUGGCUCCUAAUGAGAAACCUGACUUUUUAAGAUCCUUAUACCUCGUCCUAUCUUCAUUCCACUGCUCUUAAAUGCAAGAAUGCACUGAUUGUACACGUAGGCCCAAAUAUACAACCAAUGUUGGUCCGAUUAUCCCCUAAUUAUUCCAAUUAGUCAUUCAAAAUAUUUCAAAAUGACUUAACUCAAUUGUUGGUAUAAUCUAUGCUGUUUACAGAGCCAUUCGUCUUGAUGUAGUACGUAAACAUUUGACCCACUGAAAAUAUUACAGUAUCAAAUGUCUACAGAUGAAUACCAGUGUUAGCUCAUUAAUAUUACCUUGGCAGGUUCAGAAUUAGACUGUGUCAAGUGUCUGCAGAUGAAUACUAAAGCUGGAAACACACGACACAACUUUCACAGUCGUCACCGAUUUUGAAAAGACUUGGAGUACACACUAACCAACUGGUUUCACCAGAUUUAUUUAUAAUGACUGAAAGACUGGGGAUCACACAUUUAACAUUUUCAUAGACUACAUGAUUUGUCAAACCAACUGAAGCCAACUGAAUGCGUCAAACUCGAGCAAGAGUUUGCACAAGAGUUUGUUGUUGUUUGUGCAGCUAUCUGUUCUGAGAAAUCCAUUAAGAAGAAAAAACGUAGCCCUCACCCUCCUUUGCUGUUCACAAUUAUUGUUUUGAUAUUCCCCCUGGCUACUUCCUGGCAUCUUCGUCUUCUAACAAUAUUUCCUGUGUCCCACCUACUCUAUUUCAUUGGCUGUUGGCAACGUGUUUGCCUUUGAGUUGGUGAUCAGAACACACUAUGUGGUUGAUGUCCAGACUCAACU